AUGACAUACCGCCGGGCCCACGAGUCCCAGGCCCUCCACACCCUGGGGGUAACUGACAUCUCCCUCCUGCUGCCCAGUAAGGGCGAGGCGGCCCCUCACACCUUCUGCCGGGUGGACAAAAACCUCAACACUGGCAUGUGGGGUCCAGCCUUAUACCUGUGUUAUAAAAGAGCUGUAGCCAAAGCCAAUGCCCUCGUCUAUGAAGCAGGUCUCAUCAGUCGGUAUCCGGAGGCGGACGUGGAGUCGUUCCCCCUGCCAGAGUCUGUGCCGAUGUUCUGUCUGCCGAUGGGCGUGACCGUGGAGAGCUGGCCCCUCAACACCAAGUACCAGCUCCCGGUCUUCUCCACGUUUGUCCUCACCAGCGCCAGUGGAGACAAGGUUUAUGGUGCUGCCAUCCAGUUCUACGAGUAGUUCCCGCGGGAGUGCCUCUCGGAGCGGCAGAGUGUGCGUCUGGGCCUGGUGAGUGUGGUAGACCGGCGGCCCAUCACCAAUCGCACACUCCAGGUGAAGAAGAGUGUGUGUGUUCUUUCCCAUUGGCCGUUCUUCACAGUUUUCCAGAAGUUCCAAACCUUCAUCUACCGAUACUCCAUCUCGGGACCCCAUGUGCUGCCCCUCAAGAAGAGUGGCCCUU